GUAGAAUUACUAGUUGAAGUUACAUCGCCAAAGACGGAAGGAGCGAGACGUUGCGUGACGCAGACAACAAUUGUUUACCCAAAUUCCGUAUUUACGCGUAAUUAUCGUCUAAUAUCAAAACAAUAGCGUAUAUUGCGCAUAUUUUGUUGUUUUCUAACAGCGCACGACGUAAACAAACCGGUGUCAAACGUUAAAGUUUAGCGUUACGUUACAGCGGAGAGGAUAGUUAACCGAGCGGACUGAGCUAACGUAGCUAAGGUAACGCUAGCUGUUAUCGCCAACAUGAGAGGGGGUUCCUCCUAUGGAGACAGGGGCCAGGGACGAGACAGGCCACGGUUUGGGGCAAUGAGCGGUCGCAGUGGACCCCCACCAAUGAAGUUUGGGAAUCCAGGGGAGCGUCUCCGCAAGAAGAAGUGGAACCUGGACGAGCUGCCAAAAUUUGAGAAGAACUUCUAUGCUGAACACCCUGAGGUCCAACACAUGAGUCAGCAUGAAAUGGAAGAGUUUCGCAGAAAGAAGGAGAUCACCGUCAGAGGGACUAACUGUCCAAAGGCAAUGCCCGCUUUCCACCAGGCACAGUUUCCUCAGUAUGUGAUGGAUGUGCUGAUGCAUCAGAACUUCAAGGAGCCAACAGCAAUCCAGUGUCAGGGCUUCCCUGCAGCUCUGAGUGGCAGGGACCUGGUGGGGAUCGCACAGACCGGCUCCGGAAAAACACUGGCUUAUCUUCUUCCUGCUAUUGUACACAUCAACCACCAGCCCUAUCUGGAGAGGGGAGAUGGCCCAAUUUGUCUGGUGGUUGCCCCGACCAGAGAGCUGGCUCAGCAGGUUCAGCAGGUCGCAUUUGAGUAUGGCAAGUCCUCCCGUAUCAAGAGCACCUGUGUCUAUGGUGGAGCACCCAAAGGACCACAGAUUCGAGACCUUGAGAGGGGUGUUGAGAUCUGUAUUGCUACACCUGGUCGCCUCAUUGACUUCUUGGAGAGCGGGAAAACUAACCUGCGGCGCUGCACCUACCUAGUGCUGGAUGAGGCUGACCGCAUGCUGGACAUGGGCUUUGAGCCACAGAUUCGCAAGAUAGUUGAACAAAUCAGGCCUGAUAGACAGACUCUGAUGUGGAGCGCAACCUGGCCGAAGGAUGUUCGGCAGCUUGCCGAGGACUUCCUGAGGGACCACGUCCAGAUUAAUGUUGGCGCGCUGGAGCUCAGUGCCAACCACAACAUCCUGCAGAUUGUCGAUGUCUGCAAUGAGACUGAAAAGGACCAGAAACUUUUUCAGCUGAUGGAGGAGAUAAUGGCUGAGAAAGAGAACAAAACCAUCAUCUUUGUGGAGACUAAGAAGCGUUGUGAUGAUCUUACCAGGAGGAUGAGGCGGGACGGGUGGCCAGCCAUGUGUAUCCAUGGAGACAAGAGCCAGCCAGAAAGAGACUGGGUACUUGCAGAAUUUCGGAAUGGUAAAGCUCCCAUACUGAUUGCUACCGAUGUGGCCUCUCGUGGUCUGGAUGUGGAAGAUGUCAAGUUUGUCAUCAACUAUGACUAUCCCAACUCCUCUGAGGAUUAUGUCCACCGUAUUGGACGUACGGCCCGCAGUACCAACAAGGGCACUGCCUACACUUUCUUCACCCCAGGGAACAUGCGGCAGGCCCGAGACCUUGUCCGGGUGCUGGCGGAGGCCCGGCAGGCCAUCAACCCUAAACUGCAUCAACUCGUGGAUUCAGGGCGUGGUGGUGGAGGAGGAGGUGGCAGAAUGCGUUACCGUAACAGCAACUCCAGCAACAACCCUAAUCACAUGUUCCAGGGGGAAUGUGACCGCCGCAUGAACGCUGGUGGGGGCGGCAACAAAGACAGCCGCAGUGGCUUCGGCCGUGACGGCCGCAACAACCGCGAUGGGGACCGCUCCACUCCCUCCUACAGGGGGGACCGAAGCCGGGAUAACAGGAACAACUACAACCAGGGCUCAGAUCAGUACCAGAGUUACAGCGGCAGCGGGGGCUACAACUCCCGUAGCGGAGGCCAAUCCGGCGGAGGCCAGAAUCAGUUAAGCCAGCCACCACAGGGUCAGUUUAGCCAGCCUCCUCCUGCUCCUCCUCCAUCAUCAGGGGGGCCGCAGCCCCUGAUGUCUCAUCCGUAUGCCCCACCCCAGCCAGCGCUCAUGGGCUUCAUGGGGCAACCGUCUUACGCUUUUGCUUCUCCAACCCCUGUCCCUCCGGUCCCUCCACCUGCCCGGAAGUAGAAUUAUGAGCAAGAAGUUGAUUUGCGCUUUGUUUUUACUCUCCAACUCUUGUCAUCUCCAAGAGACGGGGGUUUGAAAAGGUAUAUAUCUAAGGAGGUAAGGGCUUAUAUUUUCUAUUUUUUUCGUACUUUUUAAUACACCUAAACCUCAAACUUUUCCCCUUCAUGUUUUCAACCUCAGCUUUCACUCCCCAGAGUCUAUACAGUUACUCUCUCCCAUGUACCUCGGCAGAACAAGUUUUUUGUGUUUUCAUUUCAAUCGAACACUACAGCAGUGGAUUUCACCAAUUUGUUGUUUGUGUCAUACAUCAGCUGUCUUAGCAUUUGGUUAGAAUGAAAACUAGCAUUUAUUAGUAUUUCUAAUAUGUACCGUCCCAUUCCAGAGCCGCGUCCUGCUCUAACAUCUUUGACUUUUUUUGUUUGAGGUUUUGCCUAGCAGUAUAUUCAAAUUUUUGCAUUGAUUUUGGGUUUGUGUUAUUCUAAACACUGAAGCAAUGCAUCUGAUUUGUGAAUCUUCUUCCAUUGUUUUGAUACCAUACAACCACUAUUUUAGUUUUUUUAGUGUAAUGUACUGUCACACUAGGUUUAGAUAUAGUUUCUCUCUUUUUCCUGUUCUGUAGGAAGUCAAAACUGCUGUGUUUCUAUUUACCUGUAACUGCUUAAGUCACAUAUUGCUUUAAUAAGUUGAUCAGCUAAUGCAGACAUAUUUUAAUGUGGAACAAUUCAAAUUGCAGUUUGUUUCUUGUUUCCUCUUUCAUUCAUUGCGUUCUUUUUUUCUUAAUAAAUAAAAGAAUCAAAGCAG